AUGUUGCCAUAUCGUUCAUAUUACGUAGCGGGAAGAUGUUAUUAUGGUGUAACAAGGAGUUCGGAUGAUGAAAAUGCGUGUGAAGCAGUUAAACUGAAUCCAAAAAUAUCGACAAUGCCACAAAUGGCAUCUAUUGAAAAUAGAAAUUUGCUCGAAGUGUUGAAACAAAGCUCAGUUUUCAACCCAAAUGUGGCUUACAAGGUGAAGUUUAGCUUCGAUGGUUCGAAAACAUUCAUGAAGGGCAGUGAAGAAGGAUAUUUAUGCGAAAUAAGAGAUCCUUCAUUAUGUCCAAAAGGUUUUAAGAAGAUGAAUGACAAAUGCUUUAAGCUUAAUACAUAUGCAGAAAAUAUGGAAAAGGCUGCUGAUAACUGUCGCGAACAAAAUACCAAAUCAUCGCUCGCACCUAUGCACGAAACUUUGGUGGGCAGGCGACGAGUGGAAUAUGGGUUGGAAUCGUUUUCGCGGAUUAUUAUUGGGCCGAUAUUAGGGACUACGAAAAAAGCGACUCGGUUUCAUAUUACAGAUGGUAUGUAUACUCAGAAAUCAGUGAAAUCUGCAAAAUCGAACACGGCAGUAAUUUUACAUUCAACAACAAAUGAUAAGCAGGGCAAAACACAUUUCGGCUACUGGAGUAAUACAUUUGAGUCUGAAAAGCACUUAUACUUCUGCCAAACUGACCCUCUGUCAGAGUUCACUAGUGAUACUACAGGGCUCAGUGAACAAGAAGAGAUUAUUCCUUUAAAGCCAUCAUCACCAACUGAUGAAGGUAUGAAAUUAUAA